AUUUUCAUUGUCGCUGUGAAGUUGACAGAUGCGUGUUGUGGAAAUUCAUUUACGAUUAUUUAAAGGCGACAAAUAAGUGUUAGAUUCAACAAUAAUGAAGAUUGAAGCAUUCAUGGUGCUGUUCCUAUCCUCGCUGGUGUCUGCGCUGCGCCGCGGUCCGCAUCAUCCCCACGGGCAGUCUCCAGUGGACCAGAAGCACCACCACUACAGACCGCCGCGUAGUGCGGAGUCUCUCACGGCAGACGCUCAACUACUUCACGAUGUACAGCACAUAGAAGAAGACUCCAAAGUACUGACUCCCGAAACGCUUGCGAAGAUGACGCCUGAAGAGCUGGAGUUCCACUACUUUUCCGCACAUGAUUUCGACAGAAACUCUAAAUUAGAUGGACUAGAACUAUUAAAGGCUGUGUAUCACACAAUAGAACACGAAGCUCACGAUCCUGACAACGAUUCCUCUAUAGAGCCUGAAGCAAACGAGCUUGAUGCCUACAUAGCGCUAGUGGACCGCACGCUGCAGUCGGACGACACAGAUGGCGACGGCUACGUGUCGUACGCGGAGUACCGAGCCGCCCGCGCCAACAAUCCCAGGGAGCGGACGCCGAGAGUGCUCGCUGCUAACUCUCCGCCUUAAUACUCAUCAUCUUCCUCGCGUUAUUCCGGCAUUACGCCACGGCUCAUGCCGGCUGGGGUCCGCUUGAAAAUAAAUCCCAAGAAUUGAUGCAGGCACUAGUAUUUACGAAAGCGAUUGCGAUCUGACCUUCCAACCCAAAGGGGAAACUAGGCCUUAUUAGGAUUAGACCGGAUUCCUCACGGUGUUUUCCUCCACCGAAAAGCGACUGGUAAAUAUCAAAUGAUUGAAAUGAUAUUUCGCACGUCACUUUCAAAAACUCAUUGGUACGAGCUAGUGAUCCAAAAGACUCCAGCCUUUUAGCUCUUUUUUUAGGGUUCCGUACCCAAAGGGUAAAACGGGACCCUAUUACUAAGACUUCGCUGUCCGUCCGUCCGUCCGUCCGUCCGUCCGUCCGUCCGUCCGUCUGUCACCAGGCUGUAUCUCACGAACCGUGAUAGCUAGACAGUUGAAAUUUUCACAGAUGAUGUAUUUCUGUUGCCGCUAUAACAAAAAAUACUAAAAACAGAAUAAAAUAAAGAACUAAAUGGGGCUCCCAUAUAACACACGUGAUUUUUGACCAAAAUUAAGCAACGUCGGGAGUGGUCAGUACUUGGAUGGGUGACCGUUUUUUUUUGUUUUUUUUUUGCAUUAUGGUACGGAACCCUUCGUGCGCGAGUCCGACUCGCACUUCCCCGGUUUUUUAGGGCUCGCCUCAUCUCUUGCCGCCUAAGACUAAAAGCCUAUUUCUAUUUAAUUAGCGUUUUAGGAGUCAAGAAAUGAGGCGAGCCCUAAAAAAGAGCUAAAAGGCUCGAGUCUUUUGGAUCACUAGUACGAGCCUUCGAACCCGCGACCUCCGGAUUGAAAGUCGCACGCUCUUACGCCACUAGCGCUUAAAGCCUUAAUACUGAUUAAUGGAAUUAUUAGACUAAACACUUGUUAAAAUCUUAGGUCAUGUUUUGAUAUUUAACAGUGACUAGUCCGUCAAACAGCGGUGCAACCCGCCUGCCCUAGGUCUAAAGUUAACUUUUACUUGGCUAAAAGUUGGUUUAAAGUUGGUGGUUGGUUGGUUGGCUAGGUACUUAUUGCAAUAAAACUUUAUUUUCUAUCAAAAGCGACUGGUAAACAUCAAAUGAUAUUUCGUACAUAAGUUUCGAAAAUCUCAUUGGUACGAGCCUUUGAACCCGCGACCUCCAGAUUGUAAGUCGCACGCUCUUACCGCUUCGCCACCAGCGCUUAAAGCCUUAACACUGAUUAUGGGAUUUAUUAGACUAAAGACCUGAUCAAAUCUAAGGUCAAGUUGAUCUUUAACAGUGACUAGUCCGUCAAACAGCGGUGCAACCCGCCUGCCCUAGGUCUAAAGUUAACUUUCACUUGGCUAACAGUUGGUUAAAAGAGGAGUAGGUACUUAUUGCAAUAAAAUAUUUUCUAUCAAUCUGAUGAAAAGUAAUAUAUUACAAGAAUCAAUCAAGAUAAAAUAAAGCGCAUUGGUUACUAAAAUCUAAAUGGAUUUAUGAGAAGGAAUUGUUAUAAUUUUACCAAUUCUAGUAUGGAAGACAUUCGAGUGAUCAUCACUGUCCUUUAGUAUAUGCCAUAUUUAAACUUAAAACAUUGUUAAAUAGAGGCUAACCCUUUACCAGGCUAAGGGAUAUAUAUUUCCCACAUAAUACGGCACUUGAAACAUGUGUUCUAUUUUAGACGAGUAAGACUGACAUUCUAUUGUCAUUUUUGAAAUGUCAGCCUUGUAAAGGGUUAAAGCAGGGUGUCAUCUAAGUACUGAGCAUUAGCAUGUCGAUAACUAGGACGUUAAAUCUUAACCGUCAACAUGUUGGUAUGACAAUAAAUUAGAUACAAUUUUAAGAACGGACUAGGUUGAGCCUAGGAAUGGUCUAAAGUUAAUUUAUAGUGUUUUUUAUUAAAUUAAUGUAGGUAAUUAUAGACAUAAGAAAGUGAUCAAGACUUGCUGAGUAUGGAAUUGUGAUCAAUGUAUGCGGUUUAAUGUCCUUGCCUGUAACAUCGUAUAGUGUCUGUGCGAAAAGAGAAGAGUCGUAGAAUGUAGAAUGUAUAAGGCUCCCCGACAUUUCACAACUCUUUUCUAUCUCUACCUCUUCUCUCUAUGUUUGAAAUAUGAUUUAAUUUUUGUCUUUUUCUCUGAAAUAUAACACGAAGAUGGUAAAUAAAAUACUUUUAUUAAAAGUUA